GCAUGUUACUUCUCCUCCUUUCAUACUCUUGUACGCCAUUAAGUCUUUACAUUUUCUUCCGCCGGAAAAACAGAUAUCACACAGAAAACACGACGACGAAGAAAGAAGAAGAAGAAGAAGAAGAUGUCUGCGACGGCGAUUCUCUCUGUAACUAACCCUAACGCCGUCGUCUUCGGAUUUGGUAAUCGGACAUUCUGUUGUCGGAGCAACUUUGCUAAACCCAGUUCGAGAUUGUUUCCUUCUUCUUCUCCGAUGAAGCCUUUGACUCUUGAUUCUAGAUUCUCUCCUUUGAUUUCAACAAAUAGGUCCUUGAAAUCUUCAGUAUUCAGGAGAUUUAAUACUCUCAUGGAGUGGCAAGAAUGCAAAGUAAAGAUGAAGGUAGAAGUGCCUGUAUCAGUUGCUUAUGGACUCUACUCGGAACGAGAAUCAAUUCCUAAAUGGAUGACAUUCAUUUCAUCUGUUAAGGUGUUGAAGGACAAACCCGAUUUAUCUCGAUGGACCUUGAAAUAUAAAGCAUUUGGUCAGAAUCUUGAGUACGCUUGGCUUGCUAAGAACUUGCAGCCUCUCCCGAAUCAGAAAAUACAUUGGAUUUCUCUAGAAGGCCUUCCUAACAAGGGCACUGUCCGCUUUUUCCCGCUAGGACCUUCAUCAUGUGAAGUAGAACUAACCUUUGCAUAUGAAGUUCCCCUGCUACUUAUACCAUUUGCAGCGGCGCUUCAACCGCUAAUGCAAGGAUUGAUCAAGAAUAGUUUGGCGCAAUUUGCAGAGAUUGCAAAAAGCACAAAGACCACUUAGUUAAACUUAAACAACAUCCACAACAGCAAAACUUAUCCACAGCACACAUCAUCACAUUGUUCUUACAGGAGUUUGCACAGAGAAUCAUUGUUGUGACUGUUACUAUAUUGAUUUUUUAUAGUGUUCAUGUCAUACAAAGAAAAGUUUAUCAUAUUAGUCACUAUAUUUUAAUCUCCGACUUAAGACUCUGAGUUUAUCUAUGUUGGCCAGAAAAUAAACAUGCAGCAUUUUAGUUCCUAA